ACACUCCCCGCCCCCCCCCGCCCGCGCACCCCCGUAAGCCGAUACCGGCGUUGGGGGCCACCGCCAACCCCACCAGAGACGAGAGGCGAUCUCCCCCGGGUGGCUGUGUCAACGUGAACGCAUUCAGAGCCACUGAUGUGGAGGCGGAAUUUUAAUACAAAAUAGCGAGCCACAGGGGAGCAAAGCGUGGACGUACCCGGCGUGUGUGAAAUGCAGUUCCCGGUGGAUUUCUUGGUGGACACGUCCCACGAAGUCCUGGAGAGAACGGCCAUAUCGUACCUGGACAACCUACUCCACUGCCACCCAAACAACCCCGAAUUCUUCAAGCUUCCCAAUGGCUGCAAGGUCCCGAUAACAGCAACUUCGGUUAGUUUUGUUUUGCUCUAUGGUGCAAGCUCCCAGCACAAGCUUCUUGCUUUGUUUUCUCCCGAAGAUGCAUUCACAGCUGUGGCGUUUUACCUGGACGAUGAGUGGUGGGCAGUGGAAGAGAUCCUGAAGACAGCAGACCCCACCCGAAAUGGUAUCAUACAGGUUCAGAGUGUGGGUGAGCGCUUGGUUCUCUACACGCUCAAUCGCCUCGUGUACCGCACGCGGGAGAUGGAUGCUGCCGAGUGGACCUUCCUCUGCCACUCCCCCACCGAGCACGCGAAGCUGCUUUGGCAAGACGGCGAAGCCGUGGGCUUUUACAGCGUCAAGCCCACAGGGAGUCUGUGCACGAGCUUCGUGAGCCUGCACUAUAAGCUGCCCGUGCUGGACUCUAUGUUCGUGACGCGGAGAUGUCGCGGGCAAGGCUUGGGCCUCCUCAUGCUGCAAGACUUCACACAGAGCUUCCCCGAUGAUCAGCUGGGCCUCAAGUACCCAUUGCCUCCCACCAUGUGCCGAGUGGUGGAAAGAUAUUUGCAGCAGUACCCGAAUGAGCUGGACCUACUGUGGGAGGUGCAGGCCCCUGGUGAUCCGUACCAGCGGGUGAAUGUGUGGAAGAAGCUGCAGAGUACGCCGGUCCCCCAGCAGAAGCCGAGGAGAGAGAACCGCACUGCCAUCGCAGACGCACCGGUGGAGAGGCAAAGCGUGGCCAUACAAACAUCAACAGAGGAGGUCAUGCAAGCGCAUGCUCCUCCUUCGAAUGCUGGAGAGCAGCUGUUGCAGAGCGAUGCGGACGAAGAGCUACCAGGAGAUGACAUCGGGAAACAGCCACCCUCCAGCAAUGAGGAAUCAUCCAUCUCCAAUGGUGCAGAUGAAGUCACAGCUGUAUACAGAGGAGAUCUGCCCACGGAGGACAAAGAGGUGGUUGUCAAAGAUGACGAAACGCCAAUACUUGUUGAAGAUGAAGAGCAAUUGCCAACAGAUGACAACAAGAAAUUAACGCCGCUCGCAGAUGAUACGGACAACGAUCCGCCCAUGAAAAAUAUAGCGGAAGAGAUGCCCUCUGAAGAUGAAGAGAAGGUGAAUAUGGAGGAAGCGGAAGAAGAACCGCCCAUGAGUGAUGGUGAUGCAAAGCCACUCAAUACUCCAGAGCAUAACUGCCAGGAAGGGUCUCCGUUGGGGUACUCUAUUCCUGUGAUGGUGAUUCAAGAUGAAGAUGGAAAUAUGCUGAGUGAGGAGGAGGAAGAUGAGGAGUCAACCUCAACGACACAAAAAUCAGCAACCAGAUCCAACCCAGCGCAGUCCGUAGACUCUGGGAUCGAGGAAACCCCGAUCGGUAUUAAGGAGAGAGAUGUGAAGCACAAACGGCUCCACUCGGAGGAGCUCUUCGUGUGUCUCUCCGAGGUGCUGGCAGGACAGGAGUCCCCCAAGAACAGCUCAAACGCCGGCAGAAAAUUAAAGCGAAUGAAGCUCGAACAGAAAGACGAGAACAAUCAGCAAGUUGAAAUCGAAAUCCACACGUCCCAUGUGGUGGUGGUGGACGACUCUGAAGAGGAGGAAGAGGAGGAUCCCAGUGACAUCGUGGCAGCAGAGGCGGCAGCAGUGACGGAAAACGAUGAAGGCUCGGCCGCUGCUCCAGGCGUGGAGACGGACAAUGUGGAGGGAGACGGCGUGCAAGGAGACACCAGCAACGCUGCUGUGCAUGUAAGUGGAGCAGACGAAGCAGCAGCGGAGCAAGACAACGGCGAAAAGAAAGUGGUCUCCACUCCUUCCAGCCAAACCCUUGCCAAUGAGAACAUAGACACCUCCGUUGCUGCCAAUGUUCCUCCACCCACUCCUGAGCAAUCUCAGCAAGACAGUGCUCUCAGCUCCGUGGAAGAAGACCCAACCCAGAAGGAAACCUCAGAGGCAGAUGCAGAGGAGCAAAUAUCUACCACCGAGGAGGCACAAGUGGCAAAUGAAGCUACCCCCACCAAUACUGAUGCUGCCUCCGACACCCCUGUCAAGGAGAAUAUCGUUAAGAAGAAGGCCAAGGCUGGAGAGAUGAGCUCCCCUUUAGUGGCUCUGCAGAAGCCAAACACCAGGAAUAAAUUUAAGAACACCAGGUCAAGCAAAAAGCGUGGGAUGCUCGAGUGACUGAGAUGAUUUUGUGCGCGGCGCCCAUUUUAGGUUGUGCUUAAAAUGUUAGAGUAAUCAUCUGUAAAAGGAUGCUGUACCAUUUGCCCUUUAUAUUGAACUAAAAUUUGUGAAAUGCAGACGUUUUCUUUUACCAGUAGUAAUGAAGUGAUGCAAAACCAAUUGAUAGUUUAUACAAUUAUUUUUGUUGUCGUAUUGCCAUGUAACACUGACCUAGUGAGUUCCAUUUUUUGGCUUAACUAUUCCUUGUUACAGCAGUGCCAGCCUAAACAUUGCACAUUUGCAAAGGAUUGUGUAGGAGAGUAAAAUUAAUGGCGCCAGAGGGGGGGGGGGGUCCCUUUACUCACUAGCAUCCGUUGGGUUUCAAUUAUUGCCUCUAAACAAAAAUAGUAAUAUUUUGAUCAUGGCUUUUGUUGGCUCAAAGUACAGCGAGGGGCAGUGUUAUGCAAACUGAUUAGAAGGUGAAGAUUUGCAGUCCAUUGGCAUUAUUAAUUUGCAUUUUUGCCCUGACUUACCUAGCCUAGAAAUGUAGCAUUGAGCUACUCGUGUGUAGGAUCAUAAAUCAUGCGUCUGCACAGUCCAUGGGCCAGAGCAGUAAAACUUUAGUCGUACUUAUGUAUUCAUACGACUAAUAGUGAAUUAUUUGAUAACCCACUCAUUUUAAAGUCAUCACAAUAUUUACGUAUUGGAACCACUAAAGUGAUGCCACCUCAGGUGGUACCAACAAAUUAAAUCUCUUGCCUGGGUUCUUGGACUAAAUGGAAUGACUGGUGUUCAGUGCAAUUGUGCUCACCUCACUAACUUAAUGGCUGUUCAAUUUCUAACCAGUAUUUACCUUAAAAUGGGAUUUGUUAAUGUAGAAUAUACUUAAAUGAUCAUGAGUACUGCAGUUUUGUCCUUCCCAGCAUUUCUAACAAAGCCGUCGUCUGAAUAUAUCACCUAUUGUGUCCAUCGUGUCUUGUGGUGGUCCUUAAAGCGGUAAAGAACAUCACACUACAAAUUUCCUUUACAUAAAGGUGUGAAUCCUUUUUUGAGCUUAGAAUAAACAUUUGCAAAUACUGUUUAAAACAUAA